AUGCUGACCUUCAUUCUUAACUGGAUCCCCAACUUUGGAGCUAUGAUCGAGUCCAUUGCUCCGAUCUGUAUCAUCGCCAUCACACCGUCCGUCCUGAUGAACCCCAUGGAGACGUUCCUGGCGAUGUUUCUCUCCAUGUGCUUCCACAUGUUUGUAGGAAACUUCGUUGAAGUGAAAGUUUUCGGAAAGAAGGAGUUUCAUCUCAAGCUGUGGCCAGAGUUCGUGGCUCUAGUGGAAGGAACGUACUUUACACGCCUCGGCAACAAGGUAAACAGGUAUAAGAAGGAGGAGGAUGACCAAAAAAGACUUCGAAAGCAUGGAAGUGAGGAACGAAAGCGAAAAGGAUCUAGCAAAUAA